UCAUUAGGGAUUAUUCACAAAUACAAUUAUUAUACAUGUAUAUAAAUUGAGAAAAACUUAUCUGUGACAUGUUUUUCGUUUGUGAAUGUUUCUUUUCAUAGAACAUUAGUAAUUUUUUUUUUUUGGUUCAAUUCAAUGUGGUUGGCUAUUUUUGCUUUUUAAGUCAUUUGCUAUUCUCUUUCUAUCGCAACUUUAUCGUAUUUUUGUCAAUAUUGUGUCUCUAUAAUUCGAGUGUUUUCGAUCAUCGAUAAUGGCAAACUCAUCAACUGAUAAUAUUGAUAUUGAGUUAUUCAAAGAUGAUCUCAAAUACAUUGAUCAAAAAUUUCUUCAAUCAAUUAUUCAGAUUUUCAGCUUUAUUUAUGAAGACGAGAAACAAUUUUUAUUGAUGACCAAAAAAGCUACAUAUGCAUAUGGUGAGGUAAUAUGUUCAUGGUUAUCGUUGGAAAAUAAAUUGACCAAACCACAAUGGAUAUCACUUUUGAAUGAUAUAAAAAUUGUUCAAGUAGAUUCUGGCUCUGAUUUUGUUGCCAUUCUUACUGAUGAAGGACAAGUAUUUCUCGCCAGCCAUGUUGAAACUAAAUGGGAAACGAAUAAAACAUUACGAUUAAUCAACACCGAUAACGACCAUUUCAAGAUGAUUGCUUGUGGAAGUUAUCAUUUAUUAAUGUUGCGACAAGAUGGUCAUGUUUUCGCUAUGGGUUGUGAUCAAAUAACUUGUAUUAAAUCAUCAUGUGAAAGUAUGAUCAAUACUGGUAUUGAAAAUGUUAAACUUAUUGCUUGCGGUCAUUUUCAUAGUAUUGUUGUGACUAAUUCCAGUGAAAUUUAUUCCUGGGGCUAUAAUGUUUUUGGUCAAUUAGGUCUUGGUGAUGAAAAAAACCGAAACACACCAUGUCUUGUUCCAUUUCAUAAUGCUGAUUCAACCCGAAUCAAAGAUAUUGUAGCUGGCAACUAUCAUUCUUUAUUUUUAUUUGAAAAUGGUCAACUUUGGGGAUGUGGUUCCAACGAAAAUGGUGAACUUGGUCUUGGUUAUGAUAUUGGACAAUCAACUUUGACCAAACUACCGUUUGAAAAUGUGCAACAAAUCGCAUGUUCAAAAGACCAAAACUUGUCAUUGGCACAUGAUGGAUUAAAUUAUUAUGCAUGGGGAGAAAGCGAGAAUGGCAAAUGGUCAUCACCUAGAAAAUUGUAUGAUCAACAUUCAUCAUUUGCUUCUGCAUCAGCUCUGUUAUUGGAAUCACAAACCACAUUUAGUCUAACAUCCGUCAAUCUAUGUGAAUCUAAUCAUACAUCAACCAUUCAAUCAAAUUGUAAAUUAUUCGAUAAUCCAGACAAUUAUGAUGUGGAAUUCAUUAUCGAGGAGAAACGCAUAAAAGUGUCCAAAUGUUAUUUGAAAUCUGUAUCCAAAUUUUAUGAUGAUAAGUUUUCGGGUGAUUGGAAAGAAAAGAAAGAGGUAACGAUCUGUGAUUAUAACUAUGAUGCAUACUAUGAAUAUCUACGUAUGUUACAUAUGGGUGAAAUUCGUUUUAAUCAUCAAAACAUAACCGAAUUAAUUUCUCUGGUCUAUUCUCAUGGCGAUGAAAAAUUUAUCAAACAAUGUCAAACAUUCAUAAGUGAUGAUCUAAAUGAGAAUACAAUAAACAAAUAUCAUCCAUUAAUUAAAAACAUCGAAUUAAAAAAUUGUACGGCAAACUUGCUCAUCUUUGCAUCGAAAAAAUGUUGCCCAAAACCUCCGACAAUCUUCGGCGAAACAAUGCAAAUUCUUUAAAAUUUCUUGAUUUGUUCUUUGAUCAACAAUUCUUUAUUGAAUAAUGAUUCGAAUUUCAAAUUUUUUUCCAUUGGUAAUCAAUCAAUAUAUUUGUGGCCAAAGCGUCUGUUCCGUCAUUGCAUACAUUAUCGUUAUCGU